GGUGCAGCGGGACGCGGGCUGGCGGCGCAGCCGGGCAUGUCGGGGUCCGAGGCCGCGCUGCCGGCGGAGAAGGAGGAGGAGAGCGAGGAGGAGAGCGAGGUGCUGGAGGAAAGCCCCUGCGGGCGCUGGCAGAAGCGCCGGGAGCAGGUGAACCAGGGGAACAUGCCUGGGAUCCAGAGCACCUUCCUGGCCAUGGACACGGAGGAGGGCGUAGAGGUGGUGUGGAAUGAGCUGCACUUCACAGACAAGAAGGCCUUCAAGGCCCACGAGGAGAAGAUCAAUACCAUGUUUGAGCAGCUGGUGGUUGUGGAUCAUCCCAAUAUUGUGAAGUUGCAUAAAUACUGGCUGGAUGUGAAGGACUCCAAGGCCCGGGUGAUCUUCAUCACAGAAUACGUGUCCUCGGGGAGCCUGAAACAGUUCCUGAAGAAAACCAAGAAAAACCACAAGGCCAUGAAUGCUCGGGCCUGGAAGCGCUGGUGCACACAGAUCCUCUCUGCUCUCAGCUUCCUGCAUUCCUGCGAUCCGCCCAUCAUCCACGGCAACCUGACGAGUGACACUGUCUUCAUCCAGCACAACGGCCUCAUAAAGAUCGGCUCAGUCUGGCACAGGGUAUUUGCAAAUGCCAUCCCUGACGAUCUCCGAAGCCCCAUCAGGAUUGAGAGAGAGGAGCAGCGCAACUUGCAUUUCUUCCCCCCGGAGUAUGGCCAUGUAGCUGACGGGACAGCUGUGGACAUUUUCUCCUUUGGAAUGUGCGCCCUGGAGAUGGCGGUGCUGGAGAUCCAGUCCAAUGGGGACAGCCGAGUCUCCGAGGAGGCGAUUGCUCGGGCAAGGCACUCCUUGGAUGAUCCCAACAUGCGGGACUUCAUUCUGGGGUGCCUGCUCCUCAACCCGGACAAGCGGCCGACAGCCCAUAAUCUGCUCUUCCACCAGGUGCUCUUUGAGGUCCACUCCCUCAAACUGCUGGCAGCGCACUGCUUCAUCAACAACCAGUACCUGAUGCCGGAGAACGUGGUGGAGGAGAAGACGAAGGAGCUGGACCUGAACAUGGUGAUGGCGGAGAUCCGACGAGAGGGGCGGCCCGCAGUGCAGUGGAGAUACUCAGAAGUCUCCUUCCUGGAGCUUGACAAGUUCCUGGAGGAUGUUAGGAAUGGGAUCUAUCCCCUGAUGAACUUCGCUGCCACCAGGCCCCAGCUGCUCCCGCGUGCACUCUCCCAGCCUCAGGAGGACCCCCAGAAAGCCAAGACCCCCACCCCGGAGCCCUUCGAUGUGGAGACGAGGAAGGUGGUGCAGAUGCAGUGUAGCAUGGAGAUGAAUGAAGAGAAGGCCCAGUGGCAUCUCACGCUCUUGCUAACCCUGGAGGACAAGCUGCACCGACAGUUAAGCUACGACCUGCUGCCAACUGACAGUUCCAAGGGCUUGGCCUCAGAGCUGGUGCACUACGGAUUCAUCCAUGAGGAUGACUGUGAAAUGCUGGCCAACUUCCUAGAAAAUGCUUUUCACAAGCACCGGUCUCCUCCCUUGUGAGUCACCCCGAUGAGUUCUGGGCAGAGAGGUGCCCCCCAAAGGAGGAUGGGAACUGUCCCAGGCCAGAAGGAACUGUGGGGCUCUUGAUCAGGCUUUCCGCUGCAGAGGUGACCUUGCCAUUUGUUCCUGGCUGUAUCUCUACUGUCCAUCCAGCCUGUGAUUCAGAAAGAAAAUGGCAAGAAGAGAAAGGACCAGCAAACAUGAGGCAUUUGACAUGCGUCGUUGUUACCAGGAUCCCGCCAAGAAUGUGCUCUCCAGCCUCCACUUCUGAAGGAGGCCAGGGCGAGCGGUGAGGUGGUUUUAGGAGUGGAGGAUCAUGCAGGAAGCUUCUGGUUGCAGGGUUUUUGAAGAUGCAAAGCUGCUGCUAGAGCCCACAACUGGUAAAUUUACCUCUGGGAACAAGAAGCACCUUCACUGUGGGCCAUCACUUCGCUUCCUCAGCUGGAAAUGGUCACAGCAGGGAGUGAAAGAGUGGGGGGAAGUGCAGGUUUGGGAGGAUCUUGAGCAGUUUCCUGUCUGCCAUAUUCCACCCCUUUUCCAGGCCUGAUUCCUCCUGCUCUGCUGGAUUCCCCCAGGGCAAAGGAGCCAUUGCGAUGCCUUAUAAUAAGAACUGGACUCCCUCUGCUAGGCUGAGGAGAGGACAUUGUGAGCUUGACUGACAGGGCAUGGGAAGAAAUUGCAGGAAUCCAGAACCAUCAGGUGGUUCAUAAAAUAUGGACCAACAGAACCACCACUGGUGCUGAGCACAGCCUCUGUCAUUUCAGUUAGUGAAUAUUUGGAAGGCUAAGAGACAAAGUGAAAUGUGGAAUUUCCAUCAUUAGACGGGAGAGUGGGGGCAAAUAUAGCUGCUGAUUUGUCAGGUUCAAGAUUGGUGUAUUAUGCAAAUAGGAAUUGUGUAUCAAUGGCUGUGCAAUGCUGCUCUGCCUGCACCUCGCUGCUCUGAGUGUACUGUUCACACUAUGCCAUAUGGGCCACGCUGCACUGACUGUAUCAUGCUAUGCUGACUUCCUUACACUGUGCCUGAUUCCCUGUCUGGUUCUGGCUGUGUAUGCUUUGCCACGCAGCACAGAUUUUAUCGUGGUGUGCUGGGUUUGCCGUGCUAAGCUGCUUUGCUAAGCUGUCCUGGCUGUUUAAUUACGUGGGUUUUCCAAGUUGUGCUGAUAUUGUGCUAACUUUGCAGAUACAGACAUUUCAAUAAAUUGAUUGAAAAGAACAAACCCCAUCACAAAACAUGAUAACUGAGUGACCCAUUUGGAGUCUUUGUGGAUUGUUUACUCUCCCCAUUACACAAAGAAGGGGUAAAGUAGCUUCCUCCAUGUCCAAUUGGCUUAUCCAGAGUCAGGUACACUGAAAUGCUGAACGAAUUAGGUGGAGAAACAUUCUCCUAAUGCUUGGUUCAGUGGGGCUUCUCACUCUUUCUGCUUAUGCCAGGACAAGUCUGGGCUUGAGUCUAUGGAAAUGCUGAAAGCUUGCUUUGUGCUGUGCUUGUUUCAUGUCCCUGAUGGAGCAAUUAGCUCUAGUUCAGCUCCUAGGUUUUCCCCUUGCUGAUUUCUUUGUAUAACCAACAAGUCAGAGCUCGAUUUCUCUAGAGAAUUUUCCUCCCAGUGACUUUGCUGUGUUCUGCAGUGGUGUAUUCGUUAGCUAACCUCUACACAAUUCCUAGAGUACAUGAUGCAUUAGGCAAGGAUGAUCUGAGGUUGAGGAAUGCAGCCCCACACCCUGAAAGAGCUCCAGCUGGUAAAACAAAACACAACACUGCAGUCUGUCUGCUCAGCACCAAGGAUUGUUGUGGUUUUUUCCUCAACACACCCCCCUCCUCCAAAGUAUUUUUUUCUGGCAGAAGAACUCAUUAAAAAAAUCCAGUGCAAAACAAGCCAAAGGGCUUAUAAUCGAUGUCUUAGGUACUUAUAUGGCCCCCAUCCGCCUAGUAUCUGAGCGCCUCACACUCUUUAAAUACAAUGCUAUGUGAUUCACCUUUGUGAGCCUGUAUCUCAUUCUGUAAGUGUGAAAAGGCACACGUCCAAAAGGGAAAGCUUCCAAUUCUGUAUGGAGAAUAAAAGAACUGAGUCCCAGUCUACGGACUAGUUUCAGAGUA